GCUCUGCUUCGUAUCCUGGUCGUGACUUGUACAAUGCACACCUAUACUGGACUGGUCCCUGACCACAUAUAUGCGUAUCCGUUCUCGUUUGGUCGCACCAGCCCCAUCUCGACCCCGGCCGACUCCGAUGGUAUCGUGCCCCAUACAGAAUCUAGUGCGAAAAGUAAUAAGAAACACGUCAAGUAUACGUCAAAGACGCCCUUCACUCCUACCUACUUAUUAUCGGCUAUAUCUGUGCCAGAGGGACGAGGCUCCUCAUCUCAGAAAGCCACGAAGUAUUAUGAAGAGCGUAUCAAACGACGUGUUCUGCCCCUCGAGAACCCGGCACGUGAAGGUCGUAUCAAGAAGGAGGCAGUCGCUAAGAAAAGACGUCAGGAUAAAGAGAAAGAACGAAAUGCGUUGGGUGUACUAGGAAGAGACGACGCGAUCGAGCGCGGUACUUGGAAGUUGAGCAAAGAAGAAGCGCGAUACGACCUAUUCAUUCCACUUCACCAGCUAUGGUUGGGGUAUAUGUCCGAGCUGUUGGCCCUGGCGUCACCACCUUCCUCCGAUACUCCGACUUCCGCUGAAGCAAUGCCGAAAGCAGAGAACAUGCACGCAAAGCUGAUCAAGGCCGAUUACCAUGGCUGUAUCAUCACAGUGGUUCGUGCAAGGAAUCCUUGCCUGGUUAGUUUGUCAGGGAUUGUGGUCCAUGAGACGGAGAACGCUUUCCGGGUCGUCACGGAGAAAAAUCAGACGAAGACGGUCCCAAAACAGAACUCAGUGUUCUCCUUUGCGGUCCCGUUGUAUUCGACGCUGCAGCCAUCAACACCGCCUGCGUCCAAUGCGGACAGGAUGAACGUCGACGAUGUGGUUCGCUCGAAGACGGUGUAUGAUUUCCCGCACAUCAAGUUCGAGUUGUAUGGGAACCAGUUCCAGUUCAGGGCUUCGGAGAGGGCAGGUAGAAAGUUCAAGCAUAAGGAAACGAUCGAAUUGUGAUUGCAUCUAGUCACCCUGCAAUUGUGAUUUAUUGUACUAGGGAUUUAUUGUACUGUGUC